AUGUACGCUCCCCGCCCCCGACUUGCUUCAACUUCAACUUCAUCGAUAUUAACAUCUACCACACCUUCUUUGAUCGGUUCAGUUUGGUCAGAUAUGCCUCUUUCUAGACCGAGCACAAGGACGAGUACUUUAUGGUCUGAAGGAGAGACUGAAAUGCCUGAAUAUAAUCUAAAAUUCGAUCAAGUCAAGGAAAUGGAUUAUGAUCUAGAUCCACCGUUGAUUGAUUUAGAUGAACGUUCAAAUUUUGGAGAAGGAAGAAGAUUAGAGAGAGAACAAGGAGAUAAUGGGAAAGAAAUGUCUUUAAACGAAAGAUUACAAUUGUUAUUGAGGAAAAUGGAUCAAGCUGUUGAAGAAGCCAGACCGUUGACGAGUAUACAAAAUCGAAGAAUAUCCGGUCAAUCGGAUAGGAUUGAAGAUAUAGAUGAACAUGGAGAAAGUUCAGGAUCUGGAUUAGGAAGAGGAAUAGGUUUACCAGAGAGAACUUCCACACCUAAGGAAUAUCAAGGUCAGAUAGUAAAUGGAAAUCUCAGUCAUGGACAAGGAUGGAGAGCGAGGAGAGGUUUACCAAAGGAAAGACAUCAAGAUUUGGAGAGGGAGAUGGAACGUGAGCGAGAAGAGGAAGAGCAAGCACAAGCACAGUCUCGAAUGAGAAGACCAAGUGGGGAGAGAAGGGAGGAGAGUUUAGGGUUUGGAGAGGAUGAUAUGGAAAUGGAGAUGGAGAUGGAAAUGGCAGAUGAAAGAAGUGAGGAAUCUCCACCUACUCCACCACCGAGGAUUAUCAAUCCUUAUUUGAAUCCUAGGAGAGUGUCGAACGAGAGGAAGGGUACUCCUCCGUCUCAAGGAAAUCAAGGGAGGAUCCCUUCGAGAGCAGCUGUAUUGCAAGCGAGCACAUCUAAACCUCCCACUCCACCUCCAAGACAUUCAGCACUAGAAAACUUCAUAGCCAAUCACCCUUCCCCUCCACGUCUACUUGAUCCACCUUCCUCCCAAUCACCUAAUUCAUCUUCAUCACGAAAAGGAAAACAACGAAUAUCUUCAUUCGAACCAACUCCAGUGGCUACAUCAUCUUCCAAUAUGAGUAGGUCGGUAUCUACUUCCACUUCUGUCUCCGCCUCAACAUCUGCCAAUGCUUCUACUGGUCUUCCGAUUUCUAAUCAAGAUCCUACAUCUAGACGUCUCCUUCGUCGACCAAAACGAGAGCCCAGUUUAUCUAUCGAACCCCAUACAUCGCAUAUACGGCAAUCAUCUUCUAGCUCAACGGACCACCCUCGAAGACGUGUAAGAACCCCCUUAGCUGGGCAAAACCCUACUAGUGAUGAGAUACCUAAAAGAGAUAAUCCCUCUCGUACGACCUCAAACUCUUUCAAAGAUGAUAAUAUCCCACGAAGAAGUCGCACCCCUCGACCCCCAAGCCCACCAGAAGAUGUUCCUCGGAGGGGUCAUACCCCUCGAAUCAGUGUCUCGUUGAAUGAACAACUCCCACGUAGAAGUCAUACACCCCGUAAACACAGUGUAGACCUCCCACCCGAGAACUCUGCUCAGUUUGAAGUUGAAGCAGGUUCUUUGGAAGUUCGGCAAGAAGUGGAUUUGGAAGAAGACGGUGAACCCCCUUGGGAUCCUGGAUCUAGUGAUACGGAGUCAUCCAGAUAUACGAAUUUUGAUGGACCACACCAAGAAAAUCAUCCUCAUCGUCAAACCCUGUCUACGCAUUCGGACGCACGUCCAACAGUCGGUCACCGCAACACAUCCGAUCGGUCUGGUGGUAGCAGAGUCAAUUUUGAGCAGCACGAAGAAUAUCUUGAGGAUGAAUUUCAUCCUGAUAUCGGACUAGGGACAGAAGGUGAUAGAACCGCCCGACCUCGACUUACGACCAUCCCACGACAUUCUCCCCGUAAGUCAGAACUCAACCCAUCUCGAAACUCAAGACAAAGUGUCGAUGUAGGAGAUAUCAGUCUUCCUCCUCCUCCCGAAGCAGAAAGUGAAGAUGAUAGAGAGGCAAAUCGAGAAGAAGCAUUAGUAUCCCGUAGAGCCACUUUGUUCAGAUCAACCCAAACUCAAACUCCUUCCGCUCCACAGGAAACGAAAUCACCCCCACGAAAUCCUCAUCUUUCGAAGACCUCCCCAUCUCAAAACAUACCUCAUCCUCAUCAAUCUUCUCAAAGUGAAAACCACAAGUAUGCAAAUUGGAACCCUUCGCGCGACUAUGGGAAGUCUGAAACUACACUUCAUGACGUUAUACAACAUCGACAAAAUCUUCUCAGACCCGAUGCUGAUUUUCCACAAGAUAUACAAGUUAGGAUAGCUAUGACACCAAUGAAAGAUCAAUCUAACCUUUCGACCAUGCCUACACCUCAUCCACCCGGUGCAUGGGGAGUUAGGUUUACGGAGCGUAACGAUUAUUUGAAACAUUCUGAUAAAUCUUCAAAUCAAGAUAUCCAAGGAAGAUCAUCGGAUUCCAUCGCUGAAACACGAAAAGAUACGUUGAGAGUAAUAGAAGAUGAUGAUGAAGGUAAUACGAGUAUACAUAGAAUACGUAUUUCACCUAAAAAAUCACCUAUCAAAUCUAUCUCAUCUGAGAAAAGAUCUCUGUUACCCAACUGGUCAACAUCAUCAUCAAAUCCCCCUUCUGUUACAUUCUCACAUUUUAAAGAGAAAGGGGAUGUCAGAGCUACUCAAACACCCAAGUUGAAGAAAGAAGAAAUAGAUGAGAAUGAGAUAGUCGAUACUUCUUUUACUCGACGUUUAACUUCUAUACUUUUAAACCCUUUAUCUUUAUCUUCACCGUCUAUAAUCAAUAAACAUAAACAGAAAUACAACCUACCGACACCUUCUCAAACACUUCAACAAGCUCAAGAAGUUCUUUCUCAAGCUGCAAAAGAAUCUCAUAUGGCACAGAAGAGAGUGGAGGAUAUACAGAGGAAAUGGUUGGAAGUUGUUAGUUUGAAUGGGAACAUGGUUGGGGUAGUAAAGAAAAGUUGGGGUCGGGGUACUUGGCUUUGGUGCAUCGGUAUGGAAGUUUUAUUGAUUUGGGGUGUACUCCCUGUCACGCUAGACUACGCAACAUCUUCAGCCUAUCUCGCUUCUCUAGAUCCAUUCCACCCUUCUUCUCAUAUUCGAGGUUUAGGAACAGGUCUCUCUAUCCCAUUACCUUCGACUCUUUCAACCUUCGUCAUACCCCAUCGAGGGAGUGCGAACUUUUUCGACCUGCUCGAGAGGGUAGGAGUGUGGACUGUAUCUUCCGGUCUGGGAGAAUGGGCGUUUGGUACUGCGUGGGAGAUGGGGGCACAAGGGGAAGGGGUGGUAAUGGGUAUUCCGUCAGUUGGUUGGGUACCUAGUUAG